AUGCCCGGAAGCGGCAAUCAAGGUUCGUCAGGAGGGAGCAAUCCAGAUACUGGCGAGAGGCGAGAUGAUCCGCAGGGUACAGGUAACCAGAGCUACGACAAGAAGCCUCCUGACAAGGGAGGUCCGACCAUGCCUGUUGAGAUUCCAGGAAAGAACAAGCCAAGGGAAAAGCCCGUAAAGAGGCCAGACGAUCCGAAACCGGAUCCGCCCAAGCGAUGA